CUUCACCACCUGGGUUCAGCAUCAAAUUCAAUUGAAUUAAAAGAAAAUGGAGCCGGACGUGAGCAUGGAGACGAUGUCGACGAUCCGGAUCGCGGUGGUGGCGGUGGGGGGGGCGAUCCCGGCGGGGCGGCUGCGGGAGUACGCGGCGGCGGUGGGGCGGCACGCGCGGGUGGAGCUGUCGGCGCUGGCGUCGUUCUACUCGGAGCAGCAGAAGAGCCCCUUCGCGCACCAGCCCUGGGACUCCGGCGCCCUCCGCCUGCGCUUCGUCCUCGGCGGCUCCCCUCCCUCCCCCUGGGAGGACUUCCAGUCCCACCGCAAGAUCCUCGCCGUCCUCGCCCUCUGCCACUGCCCCGCCUCCCCCGACCUCGACAUCGUCGCCCACCACUUCGCCGCCGCCUGCAGGCCCUACCCCCACGCCCUCGCCCGCCGCUGCUUCGCCUUCUUCCCCUCCGACGCCCAGUUAAGGGAGGAGAAAAGAGAUGAUAUUGUAUUAUUUCCUCCUUCGGAUGUGCAAAAGAUGGAAUUUCACAUGCUCACGAUGGUGCAAGAUCUCGCUGCUUCAUUGUUGAUGGAGUUUGAAAAAUGCGUUCUUCGUACAGAAUCUGCAGGGACGAUUUUAAAGACACCUUUGGACUCGCAAUCCAGCCUUGGUUCAGAGGAGGUCAUUAAGGCAAAAAAACGAAGGCUUGGUCGCGCACAAAAAACAAUUGGGGACUACUGUUUGUUGGCUGGGUCACCUGUUGAUGCUAACGCACAUUAUUCCACGGCAAUAGAGCUUGCGAGAUUGACAGGAGAUGUAUUCUGGCAUGCAGGGGCAUUGGAGGGUAGCGUUUGCGCGUUGCUAGUAGACCGCACAGGUGGAAGAGACCCUAUUCUAGAGGAGGAGGUGAAAUAUCGUUAUUACACUGUCAUCCAGCUAUAUAGAAGAGCUUUCAUACAGGAUAAUGCUCAAAGGGUUUCAACUGUGAGCUUUGAACUCGAGGCUGCAUUGAAGUUGGCUAGAUACCUUUGCCGAACUGAACUUGCUAAGGAGGUUGUUGAACUGCUGAUGGGGGCUGCAGAUGGUGCGAAGUCUCUUGUUGAUGCCAACGAUCGUUUGAUAUUAUAUGUUGAAAUAGCAAGACUGUUUGGAACACUAGGUUAUCAACGUAAAGCAGCCUUUUUCUCGCGCCAAGUUGCCCAGCUGUACUUGCAGCAGGAUAGUGCCAGCGCUGCUAUCAGCGCCAUGCAAGUUUUGACCAUGACCACAAAUGCUUAUCAUGUUCAAAGUAGGAGGACGAACCCGAAACUACAUGCUCCAGCCCAAGAACUCGGUACAAGUCAUGGUGAUGGGAAGAAAAUGCAGCCUCAAUCGGUUGUCUCCUUAUUUGAAUCGCAAUGGAGUUCCCUGCAAAUGGUUUUGUUGAGAGAAAUUCUCGUGUCCUCUGUCCGUGCUGGAGAUCCUCUUUCAGCUUGGAGUGCGGCAGCUCGUCUACUCAGAUCAUUUUACCCACUUAUCACACCAGCGGGUCAGAGUGGUCUGGCGAGCUCGCUUGCCAAUUCUGCAGAUAGGCUUCCUGUGGGCACGCGCUGUGCUGAUCCUGCCCUUCCUUUUAUCAGGUUGCAUUCGUUUCCUCUCCACCCAUCACAAAUGGAUAUAAUAAAGCGUAAUCCACUGAAAAAGGAAUGGUGGACUGGGUCAGCUCCUUCUGGGCCGUUCAUCUAUACACCAUUCAGCAAGGGAGGUACAACAGAUAACAGUAAAGAAGAGAUAACUUGGGUUGUGGGCGAACCAGUUCAGGUCUUGGUUGAAUUGGCUAAUCCGUGUAGCUUCGACCUGGUUGUCGAAAGUAUUUACCUAUCUGUUCACUCUGGAAACUUUGAUGCCUUCCCCGUGAGUGUAAAUCUUCCACCUAAUACAGCCAAGGUGAUUUUACUGUCUGGAAUUCCAACAAAAGUUGGACCGAUUUCCAUUCCGGGGUGCAUUGUUCAUUGCUUCGGUGUCAUCACUGAACACCUAUUUAGGGACGUCGAUAACUUGCUCCUUGGGGCCGCACAAGGUCUCGUCCUUUCUGAUCCAUUCAGAUGCUGUGGCUCUGGCAAGUUAAAGAAUGUGUCUUUUCCCAAUAUCUCCGUAGUUCCUCCUCUACCUUUGCUGGUCUCCCAUGUGGUUGGUGGGAACAGUUCGACCAUUCUUUAUGAAGGUGAAAUUCGUGAUAUUAGGAUCUGCCUGACGAACGCGGGUACCGUACCAGUUGAACAAGCACAUAUCACGCUAUCCGGGAAAAAUCAAGAUUCGGUUAUUUCAAUGGCACACGACAAGUUGACGUCGGCUCUGCCUCUCAAACCAGGUGGGGAGGUGACUUUCACUGUGACUUUGAAGGCAUGGCAGCUUAGUUUGGCGGAUUCUGAGGUCGAUGCUAGCAGGAAUUCUUCUAGUAGUGCACGAAGAAUAUCGAAGGAAGGAAGCAGCCCACUCCUGGCUAUUUAUUAUGCUGGUCCAUCUACAAACUCCGAUGAAUCUGAAAACAAGGAAGCUUCUGUGCCACCAGGAAGGCGCUUGGUUCUUCCACUGAAUGUCUGCGUUCUACAGGGCUUGCGUUUUGUAAAGGCUCGUUUGCUCUCAAUGGAAAUUCCUGCUCAUGUUUCUGAUUCCUUUCCUAAACCUACCAAUAUUAAUCAGAGUUCAACUGAAGAAGACGACGAUGUGCAAGAUAAAGAUGGUAGCUUAGUAAAGAUCGACCCAUACAAAGGAUGCUGGGGAAUCCGCCUUCUUGAGCUCGAGCUGUCUAAUCCAACUGAUGUGGUUUUCGAGGUUAAUGUGUCAGUUCAGCUGGAUAAUCCAACCGACGAGCAUACACCAGUACGUGACUAUGAAAGUGCUGAUAUCAGGUACAGGAAGACGAGAAUUGAUCGUGAAUACUCUGCACGAGUUCUGAUACCAUUGGAAAACUUCAAACUUCCUGUUCUUGAUGGUUCCGUCUUCCUAAAGGACUCCCAAACUGAUGAAUCUGCCGGAAAUAAAGCAUUUAGUGUAACUGAAAGGAAUGCCAAGGCUGAGUUGAAUGCUUCGAUCAACAACUUAAUCUCGAAAAUUAAAGUGCAGUGGCAGUCCGGAAGAAACAGCUCGGGGGAAUUGAAUAUCAAAGAGGCCACUCAGGCGGCGCUGCAAGCGUCAGUGAUGGACAUAUUAUUGCCUGAUCCUCUAACCUUUGGCUUCAGGAUCGCAAACACCUCGGUUGAAAUUGGCGAGUUGGGCGAUCAGAGCUCUAAGAACCCUAUCGCGGCUCACGAAAUGACUCAGAUGGAAGUUCUGAUCCGGAACAAUACGAAAGAAACGAUUGAAAUGAGCCUUAAUGUUACAUGCAAAGAUGUCGCUGGCGAGAAUUGCUUCGAGGGAAAUAGCGCUACCGUCCUUUGGGCUGGUGUACUCGGUGACAUCAAUCUGAAGGUUCCACCGCUCGAGGAAGUGGCGCAUUCCUUCUCGCUCUACUUUCUAGUCCCAGGAGAUUAUACGCUCCAAGCAGCUGCCGGCAUAACCAAUGCAACGGAUGUCCUCCGCGCUCGGGCGAGGGCGGACUCGGCGGAGGAGCCAAUCUUCUGCCGUGGCUCCCCCUUCCACGUCCGCGUUACCGGAACGGCUUAGGAUUCCUCCAGUUUCAGCAUGUUUGAGUUACAGACAAAUGUUAUUCCAAGUAUAUUCCUGCAGCUGUAGUUGUAAAUUUGUUCUGUAUUCUUUCCAUCGACGAGAUUGAGCUACUCAACAGAUUGCAUCUGCUACGCG